CGCGCGCCACCGCGUUUCAACCCGGCGACCGCAACCGGCAUCAUCACGCACGGAGCGCUAGUAUACGGCGGGGUCGGAGGCCCAGGGCUCUGCCCUCCGAGAGCCUCCGACCUCCCGCCUCUGGAACUCGGGUUCCGAGGUAGCUGGCGGGAAGACGAGCUACUACCUUCUACACCCGCCAGUCAAGCCGCGUCGACGCAGAGCGGUUCCUCCGCGACCGAUAAAGGCCAGAAUGUGGAGUGCGUCGUGUGCGGAGAUAAGUCCUCCGGGAAGCACUAUGGCCAGUUCACUUGUGAGGGCUGCAAAUCGUUUUUCAAGAGGUCCGUAAGAAGAAAUCUGACGUACUCCUGUAGAGGGAACAGGAAUUGUCCCAUCGACCAGCACCACAGAAACCAAUGCCAAUAUUGCCGACUGAGGAAAUGUCUCAAAAUGGGCAUGAGGAGGGAAGCUGUUCAAAGAGGUCGAGUUCCGCCCACGCAGCCUGCAGGUCUCGCUCUGCCAGGUCAAUUCGCCCUCGCGAAUGGGGACCCAGCUGCCGGUCUAAACAGCCAUCCCUACCUAUCCUCAUAUAUCUCGCUCCUUCUUAGAGCGGAACCUUACCCCACCUCGAGAUACGGCCAGUGCGUCCAACCCACUAAUGUCAUGGGCAUAGACAAUAUUUGCGAACUAGCAGCAAGAUUACUAUUCUCGGCCGUAGAAUGGGCGAGAAAUAUACCCUUCUUCCCUGAACUCCAAGUGACGGACCAAGUCGCGUUAUUACGGCUCGUCUGGUCCGAACUAUUCGUCCUCAACGCAUCGCAGUGUUCAAUGCCCCUCCACGUAGCGCCUCUACUCGCUGCCGCCGGCCUCCACGCCUCCCCGAUGGCGGCCGACCGAGUAGUGGCGUUCAUGGACCACAUAAGAAUAUUCCAAGAGCAAGUGGAGAAGCUAAAAGCUCUCCACGUGGACUCGGCGGAGUAUUCCUGUCUGAAGGCCAUCGUACUCUUCACGACAGACGCAUGCGGCUUGUCAGACGUGCCACAUAUAGAAAGCCUUCAAGAAAAAUCUCAGUGCGCGCUAGAAGAGUACUGCCGGAGUCAAUACCCCAACCAGCCAACGCGUUUCGGCAAACUCCUACUGAGACUGCCUUCGUUACGGACCGUCAGCUCACAAGUCAUAGAGCAGCUGUUCUUCGUGAGGCUAGUGGGCAAGACGCCCAUCGAGACCUUGAUAAGGGAUAUGUUGCUGUCGGGGAGUUCGUUCUCGUGGCCGUACAUGGCGACCAUGUGA